AACAUCUCUGCUACAGUAAGAUUUUUUAAUCACUCCGAUUAUUACACGGUCCACGAGGACGAUGCAAAAUUAGCCUCAGAAACAAUUUUCGGCAAUAAAAUAAUUAAAUACAUGGGUUUAGAACCGAAAUUGAGUUACUUGGUUUUAAGCAGAGGAAAUUUCGAAAAGUUCAUCAAAGAAUUACUUCUUGUUAAACAAUACCGAGUUGAAGUUUACACAAAACCCUCAACGCAAAGUCGCCAAAACACUUGGUCGUUAGAAUAUAAAGGAUCCCCAGGAAAUUUAAGCCAAUUCGAAGACAUUUUAUUUGAUAAUUCCGGAAAUACCGUUUUUAAUUCGACCAUAAUGUGUAUCAAAAACAUUAAGGCAAAUAAUUUAGGUGUAGCUUGUAUAAAUACAACGGAAUCAACAUUUUUCUUAACCGAAUUUAUCGAUAACGAAUUCCACACUCAACUCGAUGCGUUAAUCGCACAAAUUGGCCCGAAGGAGUGUAUAAUACCCCAAGGGGAUUCACCAGAAUUGGUGUCGUUAAAAAAAAUUCUUGAUCGUUGCAACAUUUUGGUUGUUCGAUUAAAAAAGAAUGAAUUUUCUGGUGACGAAAUCGAUCAAGAUUUAAAUAGAUUACUCUUUUUUAAUGAAGGCCAACAAAGAAAUUAUAUGGCUUUACCUUCGGCUGAUUUAAAACAUGCUUUAGGUAGUUUACAAGCUGGGAUUAAAUACUUAAAUUUAACUGGAGAUGAAAAUAAUUUUAAUCAAUAUAAAAUUUCAACAGCUGAUAUUCAUCGAUAUGUUCGAUUAGAUACUGCAGCUUUAAAUGCUUUAAAUUUAUUUCCAAAACCAUCAACAUCCGCUCGGAGUAAAUCCGACAGCAUAUUUGAUGUUUUGGAUAAUUGCUCAACGGCUCAAGGGCGCAGAUUAUUAGAACAAUGGAUUAAACAACCACUAAGAGAUAUUAAUAUUAUUAAUGAACGCUUAGAAGUUGUUGAAGCUUUAGUUAAAAAUGCUGAGGCUCGUUCAAUAUUAUCUUCGGGCUGUUUAACUCGAGUACCCGAUGUCUUAGUUUUAGCAAAAAAAUUAUCGAAUAAAAAAGCCACUUUACAAGAUUGUUACAAAAUUUACCAAGUUAUUGAAAGUAUCCCUGGGAUGUUGAGCAUUUUAAAAAACGUUGAUAACAAAUUCAUAAACGGGAUGUUAAUUAACCCGAUUACGGACGUUUAUAAAGAUUUAGAAAAAUAUCAAGCGAUGAUCGAACAAACUUUAGAUUUCAAUCUAAUAGAUCGCGGUGAAUUUUUCAUAAAACCCAGUUACGAUGAAGAUUUAACAGAAUUAAAUGAAAAAAAAUUAGAGGUCGAAGAAAAAAUACAAAAAGUCUUCAAAAAGGCUUCAAACGAUUUAGGUCUAGAUAUGGAUAAAGUUUUAAAACUGGAAUGUAACGAUCAACACGGUUAUUAUUUUCGUAUAACAUUAAAAGAAGAAUCGGCUCUUCGCAACAAUAAAAGUUAUCGAAUAAUCGAUGCGAUUAAAGGCGGAGUUAGAUUUACAAACGACCGUUUAUCCGAUUUAAACGAAACCUACCAAAACAAUAAUCAACUUUACGAGAAACAACAAAAACACGUCGUUGAUGAAAUAUUAACCGUCGCUUCCGGUUAUGCGGAUUCUAUAAGAAAUUUGAAUUUAUUAACAGCCCAAGUUGACGUGUUAGUAUCAUUCGCAACGGCUGCUACUUCCGCUCCAAUAACAUACACAAAACCAAAACUAUUUCCGGAAGGAACAGGUAUUUUAAAGUUGUUUAAAGCGAGACAUCCUUGUUUAGAAAAACAAGAUGAUUGUUGUUAUAUCCCAAAUGAUAUCGAUUUAAAACAAGAUGAAAAAAUUUUAAGCAUUAUUACCGGACCUAAUAUGGGGGGAAAAAGUACUUUUAUGCGUAGCAUUGGUACUUGCGUUUUAUUAGCACACAUCGGAAGUUUAGUUCCUUGUGAAUCCGCUGAAAUUUCUCUGGUUGAUUGUAUUUUAGCUAGAGUUGGAGCUGAAGAUUGUGAAUUAAAGGGAUUAAGUACGUUUAUGUUGGAAAUGGUUGAAACUUCUGGAAUUGUUAGGAGUGCUACAAAAAACUCUUUAGUAAUCAUUGAUGAAUUAGGAAGAGGAACUUCGACUUACGACGGUUGUGGAAUUGCUUGGGCAAUAGCAGAGCAUUUAGCUCGUGAUAUACAAUCUUUCACAUUAUUCGCUACGCAUUAUCACGAAAUAACCCAACUUUCCGAAACCAUCCCCACCGUUUUUAAUUUACACGCAUCCGCUGUCGUAACAAAAACAACUAUAACACCGUUGUAUCAAAUCAAAGAGGGGUCAUGCGAUAAAAGUUAUGGUAUUCAUUGCGCUAGAAUGGCAGAAUUUCCUAUUGAUGUUAUUCAGAACGCUAUUGAACAUCAAAAAAAACUGGAAUUUGCAGAAGGGAUGAAAUACAUCAACGAUUAUGAGCCAAUUUUAAAAAGAAAUGUUAUUAAUGAAGGUGAUAAGCUACUUAAAGAAGUGUUAGAUCAAAUUAAAUCGAAAGCAGCUAAUUUAAACGAUGAGGAGCUGAUGAAUGAACUAAAAAAAAUUAAAGAAGAAGUGAUGGGGAAAAAUUUGUUUGUAAAAGGAUUAUUAGAAUAAAUAUAAAUAAAAAAAUU